AGAGAGCAGCUGUAGGACAGAUCUCAACCUCCAGAACCAGAACCAGGAUCAGAUCCAGGACCGGAGGCUACACGACAACCAGGACCACAGACCGGGAGCAGCCCUGUCCACCAUGUCCGAGUCCAUCAGAAGAAAAAACUCCAGCAGACAGCUCCUGCAGAACCUCAUCAGGGUGACGGCGCAGCGCAACCAGGAGGAUGCAGAGGAGGUGGAGAGGGAGCGGAGGAGGAGAAGCAGGGAAAAGGAGAGAGGGGAGGGGAGCUCUCUCUGGCCAGAGCCCCCCCAGCACAGCGACCUCGCCCACGACACAGAGUUGGAGGUGGAAGAGCUGAAGCCCAGCUGCUGCUCGGCUCUGGAGGAGGACGAAGGCUUCAGCGACUGGAGUCACAGGUUGGAGAACCGUAAUGAGCAGGAGGUGUCAGACGACUGCAGGACCCGGGUGCAGAGACCCUCGACACCGGAGCCCGAAGAGGAGAAACAGCAGGAGGAUGAAGAGGAGGAAGGACGGCAGCCACAACGAAGCGAUCGGUCCCAGGGAGCCUCAACAAGACCUCCUGAGAAGAUGUCCAGCAGCAGAAAGGAAGUCAGGACGUCAUACAGCUCAACAGUCUUCCUGCCGCAGGAUGCCAGACCGCAGCACGCCAUGGGUCAACCGGCAGACAGGACGUCCUACCUGGUUGCCGGGACGAUGAGGCCCCGAGGAGGGGCCUGCCGGGUGGAUGGCGAGGUGGAGCAGGAGGAGCGUAAAGGGGAGGAGGUGCAGGCUGCCCUGCAGACCGAGUGGAGAUCAGCAGAAACCAGACAGAGCAACAGAGAUGAAGAUGAUCAGGAGGAAGAAGAGCUGAGCUUCACACAUGAAGAGAAGGAAGACCUCCACCUCCUGAGGGCGGGGAGACAGAGGGAGGAGGAGGAAGAGCACAAGUCAGACAAGAGGUCAGCGGAGGGCGGGAGGAGCGAGGAGGUGAGCAGGAGCUCUGCAGCCUCUCUUUGCAGCAGCAGCGAAGGCGAGGAGUCGCUAAACUGCUACGGUCCCAUGAGCCCGACAUUCAAGAAACUCCUCAUCCAGUUUUACCCAGACGAGGUGAACAGCCGAGUUUCAACGGACGGGAAGUGCACGAUCAUAGAGAGAACUGAGUCUCUGAGGAAGAGCACCAACAACAUGAAGAAGAUGCUGCCACCUGUUUCUGUUUCCAGGAUUGACAGGAAGCUGGAGCUGUACACUCACGCUCUCAAGGCCUCCUCAAAGGAAGGCAGGUCAGGCAGCCAGGUGCUGACGGACCUUACGAGUCCGGCUGAACCCGUGUCCUCCAAGAAGAACCUGUUUGAGGCCGGAGAAGCCUGGAACCAAAACGCCGUCUCAGUCGCGCCAUCCAAGGAUGCAGACGGUUUGAAGGUCGGCGUGGCUGAUCUCAUCAAUCAGUGGGUGAAAGGAAGUGAAGAUGGGAGUCGGUGCAGCUCGCCCUUCAAACCAGCAGACAGUGGUAAAAGAUAUAAGUUUGUGGUGACGGGUCACGGAAAGUAUGAGAAGGUUUCUGCUGACAACGGCUGCAGUGAGGAUGCAAACAGCCCGGCAGAUGGACAGUUCUAUGAAGAUUUGUGAAACACAUGCUGGACUUGGAAAAUGAAGAAAAAUCUUUGAUACUGCACAAAUUAUAGCCACUAUCGCUUCACCAUUCUCUGUAUUUCAAGCUUUAGGUUGGAAAUAUAUUUAAAUCCUGUGUUUAAUGACAAAUUUCCUGUGACACUUUGGUAUAAUGCUACAAAAGGUAGAGAAGCUGUGUCUUUUUUCUCAAGGUAUUUCAACAGUAGUACAUUAAUACA